CCCCUCCGCAUAAACUCUAAAAACCUUCCCAAAGAAAAUAAAUUGAAAAUUUCUCAAACUCUUGCCACCAAAUUUCCACGCUCAGUAGAUCUCACCCGGAGCUUAACUCUAAAAUGCGGCGUCUUUCGUAGCAGCUGAGGGUAAUUGAGGUCCAGAAUUGAAAAAUGGAUGUGCAGCGAUCGUCGCUGUGCAACUCUGUGGUCAAUUUCUUGCUGGAAGAGAAUUACUUGCUGUCGGCGUUCGAGCUUCUCCACGAGCUCCUCGACGACGGCCGCGACGAUCAGGCUAUUCGCCUCAAACAAUUCUUCUCCGAUCCGGCUCAUUUCCCUCCCGAUCAGAUCUCCCGCUUCAACUCUCUCCGAGUACUAGACCCCCAGACUCUACUUGAAGAAAAAGAAUCACUGGAAGAAAAGUUGGCUGUCCGUGAAUAUGAGCUCCGUUUAGCUCAAGAAGACAUCCUUAGCCUUAAGGCUGAGGUGCUGAAGAAAACUGAGUCGAACUUGGAUGAAUCAAGAGGGGCACAUGCUAAUACUACUGCAAAUAAUGGACCAAUUGUUCAACCAAUAAUGCGGGACAUAUCUUUCUCUGGUUUGGGUCCUCUAAAGGACAAUGAACGAUUGGAUCUCAACUGUGCAGUGAAGGAAUAUUUACUAUUAGCAGGAUACCGUUUGACGGCAAUGACAUUUUAUGAGGAGGUCACUGACCAAAACUUGGAUGUAUGGGAAAAUUCAUCUGCAUGUGUACCAGAUGCACUGCGACAUUAUUAUUACCAGUAUCUUUGUUCUACUGCAGAGGCUGCUGAGGAGAAAAUAGCAAUGCUUCGGGAAAAUGAGGCUUUGAGGAAAGAAAAUGAUAUGCUGAAAAGUAAUGGACAGUCGUUGUUGAAAAGCAAGGAAAUGUCAGAUGCACAAGUAAUGGCAUUGACAAAAUCAUUGGAGUCGCUUCGGAAAGAUAUCAAGGAGAAAGAAAGUCUGGUCCAAGAUCUGAAGACGAUUUUGGAAAGUCAAAGAAAAGAACUAAAUGAUUGUAGAGCUGAAAUAACUUCACUAAAAAUGCAUAUUGAAGGAGCUCAAUCUGGAAAAAGCAUUUUGGUGACCGGCUCUGCACCGACACAAUCUCUACUAGAGAACCACAUUGACAAAGUAGAACUUCUUCAAAAUGAAGUAGAGAUAUUGAAGCCCACUUCUGUGUAUGCGGACCCUAUUGAGUCAAUAAAGAGAGAGGAUGGGAAUGUAAGGCAGUUAGACAAAGUAGAAGAGCCACAAGUAAAUGAUAAUGCAUCAUCUGCAGUUGGUUCAUUGCCUGGUAUAGUAAAUGCAGGAACUGACAUGAUGGGGAAACAUGGUUCUGAUGAAGCAACUAGCAUAUCUGAGAAAGUGCCAGAACAAUUACUAAUUUCUUUAGGUGAAAGUGGGUUUACUGGAAGAAGUGAAACAUUUUGCAUGGACAAUGGAAAACCGUCCCCAGAAACUGACAACUUUAUUAAAAAGGUGGACAACCGUGACGCUGAAUCAAAUGCUGAGAGGAUGGGUUUGGAAACUAUUCAGAUACUUUCAAAUGCAUUGCCUAAAAUUGUCCCUUAUGUUCUGAUCAACCAUCGAGAGGAGCUUCUUCCUCUAAUCAUGUGCGCAAUUGAGCGUCAUCCAGACAGUGCCACACGAGAUUCUUUGACCCACACAUUAUUUAAUCUAAUAAAGCGUCCAGAUGAGAAGCAGAGACGAAUUAUAAUGGAUGCUUGUGUUACUCUGGCCAAGAAUGUAGGAGAGUUGAGAACAGAAACAGAAUUGCUGCCUCAGUGUUGGGAACAAAUUAAUCACAUGCACGAGGAGCGUAGGCUGCUUGUUGCUCAAUCGUGUGGUGAGCUUGCAGAAUUUGUGCCGCCAGAGACACGUGAUUCCCUCAUCUUGUCCAUUGUGCAACAGCUCAUUGAAGAUUCUGCUACAGUUGUCAGGGAGGCUGCUGCUCAUAAUCUGGCUUUGUUGCUUGCACUGUUCCCAAAUACAGACAAAUAUUUCAAGGUUGAGGAGAUGAUGUUUCAAUUGGUAUGCGAUCCCUCCGGUAUAGUUGUUGAAACUACAAUAAAGGAUUUAGUUCCUGCUCUAAUAAAUUGGGGAAACAAGUUGGAUCAUAUUCUACAAGUUUUGCUCUCUCAUAUCUUGGGGUCUGCACAGCGUUGCCCACCUCUUUCAGGGGUUGAAGGUUCGAUUGAGUCACAUCUUCGUGUUUUAGGUGAAAGGGAACGUUGGAAUAUUGAUGUUCUGUUGAGGCUGCUGGCCGAACUGCUUCCAUAUGUGCACCAGAAAGCUGUUGAGACUUGUCCAUUUUCCUCAGUUUCAGAUUUUACGGAAAUAUCAUUUACUCCGUCCUUGUUUGAACUAUAUGCAGGGGGACAUCUGGAGUGGCCUACCUUUGAGUGGUUGCAUAUUGAGUGCUUUCCAACUUUGAUUCAAUUUUCCUGUUUGUUGCCUCAGAAGGAAGAUAAUUUAAGACACCGUGUGACAAAGUUUUUGCUAGCGGUGGCUGAACAAUUUGGGGAACCUUAUUUAACACACAUCAUGUUGCCGGUGUUUUUAGUAUCUGUUGGAGAUGAUGCUGAUUUAAAAUUCUUCCCAUUCAAAGCCCAGUCAGAACUAAGAGAUUUGAGGCCUCAAUCUGCAAUGGCGAAGAGACUUGCUAGAAUGUGCAUCAUACCACUUCUCCUGGCAGGCAUACUAGGACACCCUAGCAAGCGUGAUCACUUGACAGAGUACUUGAGGAAUCUGCUGAUUCAAAGUUCUGUACAAGAUAGUCAGUCAGCAAAUCAUGAGAUUAUCAAUUCUGUCCGCUUUAUCUGUACUUUUGAAGACCACCACAGUAUAAUAUUUAACCUCCUGUGGGAAAUGGUUGCAAGUUCUGAUGUUAAUUUGAAAAUUAGGGCUGCCAAUCUUCUAAAAGUCAUUGUACCAUAUGUUGAUGCAAAGGUUGCCUCAGCUCAUGUUUUACCUGCUCUUGUGACUCUUGGUUCUGACCAAAACCUGACUGUAAAAUAUGCAAGCAUCAAUGCUUUUGGUGCUGUAGCACAGCAUUUUAAGAAUGACAUGAUCGUUGACAAGAUACGGAUUCAGAUGGAUGCUUUUCUUGAAGAUGGAUCACAUGAAGCUACCGUUGCUGUGGUUCGUGCAUUAUUGGUGGCUGUGCCUCAUACAACAGAUGUGCUGCGAGAUUAUCUCAUGUCCAAGAUUUUUCAAUUCACGGCAUCACCAUCCCCUUCAAGUGACAUAAUACGCCGGCGAGAGAGAGCUAAUGCCUUCUGCGAAUCAAUUCGUGCUCUUGAUGCAACUGAUCUUUCAGCUUCCACUGUUAGGGAUUUCCUCCUUCCUGCCAUUCAGAACCUACUGAAAGACCCAGAUGCACUUGAUCCAGCUCACAAGGAAGCUCUAGAAAUAAUAUUGAAGGAAAGAUCAAGUGGAGCCUUUGAUGCUAUUAGUAAGGUGAUGGGUGCUCAUCUCGGGCUUGCCUCUUCCGUUAGCAGUUUCUUUGGUGAAAGUGGCUUACUUGGGAAAAGGGAAAGUGGAGAUCCAGGAUCUCCAUCAGCAGAGGCAAUUGAGACCCCUAAGGCUGUUCCCCACACACCGGCUGAGGACACGAGAUUUAGACGGAUUAUGAGGGGUGGUUUCACAGAUAUGCUCCGAGGGAGAAGUAAGGGCAACGAGGAAGGUCAGCCAGGCGAAUAACUGCUUACAACUUGUGUUUUCAUUGAAGAUAUUAAGGAAAAGAGGAGAAAAUUUGUUAUCUUGAAAAGCCACGACAGGUUCUAUUUAUUUUGUUUUUUUCCCCGUAUAAUAUUUUUAUGUAGACUGCAAAUAUAUUGAGCACCACAGCGCCAUAAUUAGUUUCAAUAUUUUGGAAAGAAGGACGUGGUUUGUGAAGAGUA